AUGGGGAUCAGGUUGUUAUCGAUAAAAAAGGUUAUGGCUGAGCUUGCAGUUAAUUAUUUUACUAAUCUUUUUUGUUUUGCAGGUUCGACGUCAGAUCUGUCCUAUGUUGACGAGGUUAUUCCUGCUUUAGUCACCUCUUCCAUGAACAACAUUCUGACUAUUCUUCCUUCCAAUGAAGAGAUACAAAACGCGGUUUUUAAUCUCAACAAAAAUAGCACCUCAGGCCCAGACGAAUUUGGCGGUAUUUUUUAUCACACUUACUGGAAUUUAAUAAAAGAUGAUGUUUGUGUAGCCGUUAUUUAA